AUGCAGCCUUCACCUCUUACGAACCCAUUGGCCACCGUCGGCCAGCUAGAGACGUCCGGCUCCCAGCUCGAUGGCAUUCCACCUGAUCUCGAAGACUCGAUACGCUUUGCCGGCGCCAGGCUCACACAAGCUGCGGGCAUUUUGCUGAGGCUGCCACAAGAAGUCAUUGCGCAGGCGAUUGUUGUAUUCAUGCGAUUCUGGCUUGGACCCGAGGGUGGAAGUCUCGCCGAGUUUGGCGCAGAGCAGGUCUCAGCAGCGUCGCUCUACCUCACAACCAAGCUCUCGGCCUAUCCCAAGUCGGCACGGAGUCUCGUCAACGUAUACGCGUACCUUGAUUCACUUCCUACAACCUUCUUCGACCAGGAGCAGCUUCAGCAAAAGCAAGAUCCACUGGAGUACUUUGUGACAGAAGGCACAUACGAGCGCCGCCGCGCAUCCCUCUUCACCACCGAACAACGCAUCCUCCGUACCCUUGGCUUCAACGUACAAGUCCAACUCCCAUACACGCUCUGUAUAACAUAUCUGCAAGCUCUCGACGUCUUCACGCACCCCCGCGCCUCAGAGCUCGCCAAACGUGCAAUCGCUUACUUGAACACUGCGCUUCUAAGCCCACAAUGUCUUUACCUGACACAUCAACUACCCGUACUGGCGACGGCAAGCAUAUACCUUGCGGCGAGAGAAACAGGCAUCAAAAUGCCAGAGUGCGAGUGGUGGGAGGUCUUUGAUACAGACAGAGAGGUGUUGGGAUUCUUGUGUGUGGGCAUGUUGAGUUUGGAGGGAUUCGCAGCGGAGGAGAAGAAGAGAUGGAAGGGUAGAAAGGUACCACUGAGUGUCGACGCUGUCGAAAGAGAGAUGAAGAGGAGGAAAGAGGAGGUGGAUGGCUGA